GCCUUUUAGUCCAGCGACCAAGAUCAAACAACAUAAAAUUGGGUAUCACGGCGCUUCUUUUCCUGAGCUCAGAGUCGCAAGUAUGGGGUUACUGAAGAGGUUGACAGCGAAGUACUCGACGCGAGCCAUCCAGCAGCCUGGGGAACAGAGUCGCGAAGGAGAACAGGUAGCUGAUGGAACGAGAAAGGCGGCCGAAAGCCUGAGCGGUGCAACUAUCGAACCAGAAGAACCUGAACCACAAGUUACUGAAUUGGAGCCUCAUGGCUUAUUUAUUCUCCACCCGAUACCCGACACUGAGGUGCCUCGAGUGGACGCAAAUGUGGACAUAGUGGCAGUCCAUGGCCUGAACGGCAGUGCGAGGAAGACAUGGACAGAUUCAAAGACAGGAAAGUGCUGGUUGGAGGACUUUCUGCCCUACGCAAUUCCAGGAUCCAGAAUAAUGACCUUCGGAUACGAUUCCAAAUUGGCGUUCAGUCGAUCAAAAGCAGGAAUCGACAGCUUUGCCAGAGACUUGUUGAACCGCCUGAGGAUGGUUAGGAAGAGCACUGAAUCACACGAUAGACCUAUCGUAUUUGUUGCUCACAGUCUGGGAGGCAUCGUUGUGAAGAAGGCCCUGAUCAUUGCCCACGAAGCUGGGGAUCAUUACGGAAGCAUUGGACGAUCAACUAUUGGGAUUGCCUUUAUGGCUACUCCUCAUAGAGGAUCCGAUCUCGUCCCGUGGGCAAAGGUAUUCUCGGACGUCGUCAAUCUCGUCACUCUAGGCCAAGGGAUCCGAAAGUCCCUUUUGGGCCAUCUCGAAGAGAAAUCAACCGUGCUUGUCGAUAUAUCUCAGCAAUUUGUGCAUCGAGCCGCGGAUUUGAAGAUAAUGAGCUUCACUGAACAGCAGUCUGAGCAUUCAUGGACUACUCUUAUCGUUCCCGAAUACUCCGCAGUAUUGGGUGUGGCAAACGAGAUGGUUUUCCCUUUGAAUGCCCAUCACCGCAGUAUAUGCAAGUAUCCUUCCAAAAACCAGAAUUACCUCUUGGUUGAAGCAGCAAUCAAGGAGCUUGCGCAAGUGGGUGAUGAGAGAGAAUCGAAUGAAGCGAAUGCAACACUGAAAAAAGCGGCCAAGAAGCGACAAGAAAUCACGCUCCCUGUCAAAGAAACCCCAAGCCCGCCACCACCGCGAUCGAGAACCGCAAGCAUUGUCAAAACCGUUCUCUCCUCCGUUAGCUCCUCGUCCCAGAACACCAGGGCUAGCGACCUGAAUUCGAAGAGUAUUAUCCGUCGAUCUUCGGUUCGCGGAUCGGCUUCCGCGGUCUUCACCAAGCGGAAAGUCUUAGAAGAGCCAAUCUCCAUUCGAAUAAACGGCCUGAGUAACAAAAUCAACAAGCGAGCGGACGGGAAGGAAGUCUUCUCUCACACCCUGAUAGUCCCCGCAGACACUCCUUUAGAAAGUCUGGGGAGCAUUCUGCUCUCCGAGAAACCGGAUCUGAAGCACUGGGCCACCUUCAAGUUUGCAGAUUAUGGCACAGAAAUUGACACAACGUGGCGGGAUGUAUUCACACAUCCUGUCGAAGUGACCUCCGAAAGACCAUGCUACGAUCUGAAGAAGGGAUUGAAAAUACACAAAAAGCAGACCAUUGCAUCUUUUAUGAGCAAAGUAUUUCCUCAUCCAGUCACUGCUAACUUGCGCAAUCACGAAGAGGGUGAAAUUACACAUCUUGAUCCCUUUGACAGUGUGUCGUCCGAGUUCAUCGACGUCGGUAGAGAGGGGGGUACGAACCUCACAAUAUCGCUCAUGAGAACCAUCCGGGUCCCCGAAGACAACUCCAAGUACGAGUUACCGCCAGGACUCGGUCGAUUCCCUAUCUUCAACAUACAGCCUUUCAGUGAGCGAUUGCCGACGUCUACGGUUGCCCAGGGUGGUCUUUUCAUCCCAAUGUAUCAGAUGGAAGCGAUGUGGAUCAAUUUUGACCCAAGUGGCGGAAAGCGCUACGCUGUGCGGCCGUUCCUUGGAGGAGUCAACGGGAUCACCGGAGACGGGACCAUGUCUGAUAUGGCGACUCUUCUCCGCCGUUUAAACUCAGUCACUUCUCAUCAAGACUACCUUGUUAUCCCAGAUCAACCGUGGCUCGAUGGUAUAGCCACCAGUCCGGGCAUUGUUAAACAGUUUGUAGCCACUAGCAUGACGGCUCCGCGCAGAGCCCGGGCAAAACCUCGAGACAUGGCUCAAGACCAUCAACAGCAGAAUGAAGGUGUGGAUCCGGUAGCGAGUGAAGAUCAACCGAUUGGUGGUACGAUAGAAUGGCAAGUCACAGGUCAGGAUGCCGUUGGUGGACUUCAACUGCAGCUGAUUCCAGAAUUCGAUACGGACAUCAUAUCAGCGUCUUCAGAAGCCGAUGUGUAUCAAGCUGAUCCUGAUUCAAAGAUCACGUCCUAUUCGUGGACGAAAUGGGGCUCGGCUGAGUUCUAUAACGUCCUCAAAACUCCCAAAGAGCUAGGGUUGAACAACAACGGCACGAUUCAUGUCAAAGAUGUACUUUCAGUGCUGCCGGACCGCCCAAAGCUCGUACGAGACCUGCUUGCUGAAUCACCGGAGAAGUUGAUAAAAUCGAACAGCGUCGAGAUUGAGCUCGAUUUCAAGCAGGCUCCCAUUUGGCAUUUCGCUUUUCACCAUCCCGGAAGUGACGCUCAAAAAUUGUCCAUUAUUUGUGAUGAGGAUGAUGAGUGGGAUAGAGUUCUAGAUGCUGUCCGUGAGAGCCUUGUGCUUCCCAAUGGAAUAUUGUGUAUGAAAGGAAUAGUCAAAAAUGCUUCUCUGAUACCUGUGGAGAGCUGGGAUACCAUGCAAUGGAUCAAGGACAAGUUCCACUCCAGGGAUAUGCUUGAUCCCAUGGAUAAGUUCCAUAACAAGAACAGCCUCCAUCCCGAGGACCACGAAUGGAUCCUUGUCCUAGCUUCACCGGAACUAGUCAAGCAUCCUAGGUUUUGCUGUGUGAAACCUACAGGCUCGACUACAUUGACAAAACCAAUUUGCUUGGCAUUGAGCGAAACUUCGACGAUACUCGACCUCAAGGAUAUUUUAAAGGACGUUUCGCCUGAGCUGUCUGGCGGCUUUGUGAUAGAUGAAAACGGCCUUCUGCCAGACGACACAGUCAUAUUCAGCAGCGCCCGAGAAAAAUACCCGCGGCCGGAUUUCACCGUCUGGUGUGACUCGAAUCCUACAUCUAGUCACGAUCGCAGGUAUCAGAUAUUUAUCAAAACCCUCACGGGCGCCGUACUUGUUUUGGAGGUUGAACCAUUUCAAACUGUCCUCGGUUUGAAGAAGCGAAUUCACGCCGAGUCGGGCAUACCUCCAGACCAACAACGGCUCAUUUUCGCGAACACUCAAAUGCACGAAGACCGAAUACUUGCUCAGUAUGGCAUACGUGCGGAAUCGACAGUUCACUUGGUGCUCCGCCUAGCUGGAGGUGGGUAUUCGAUCCUAGUUAUUUACCAGGGUAAGGAACAAAGAGUCUGGUUUUCAGGCCAUGAGAAAAUGUCUAUGGCGAAGGAACAGCUUUCGGAGAAAUUGCACAUUCCCGUUUGGCAACAAAUCUUAACUUGUGAAGGAGAAAUUGUUGAAGAUACGGAGGAUACACGCUCGUAUGCCAACAAAGUGGUGACAUUGACUCUGGCUCCUCGACCUACGGCCCUUGGAGUUGGUGCUGGAGGAAACAUAAUUCAACACGUCGAAAGAGACACGUACGAUCCCGCUAUCUGGGACGUGGCGAACUCAAAGAUUCUCAAUAUUCAGAUUAUCGAUUCAACCACUUUCAAAACGGUAACGGGGCUUGGUCCACCAAAGACGCCAAUCUCAGCCCAGACUUACCAGGAAAUGGGCCUUCCGUUCUUUGAGCUCUGGCGCGAUGAAGCUAAAGAAGACGGGGUUGCUGGUAACUGGGGCUCGCUCCAGGGUGUUGCUCAAGUAGCAAGCCAGAACUCCAAGGGUGAUGGAAAGAAAGCAGCGCCCGAGUCCGGUCAAGGCAGUCAAUUUGGACUUCUCAGGAGCGGCGUUUGGGGCAAGGUGGGAGCUGAUGAUUCAACCGUUUCAAAUUCCAACGAGGACUUCAAGGAAGUGGGUUUCAAGUUCCCUGUUGUCCUUCUGGACGUAGAUGCUACCAUCCCAAUUUUUAAGAGCAUCCUGGACGAGAAUUGGGAUGAGGGGGAAUGGAGCUCUGAUGAAGAGGACACAGAUUAGAUGAUUGAUUCAAACAAGUCGAUUCUGAUUUCACGCAAAGUAGUCAUCGCAUCAGAACUGAGCUGAGAAGUGUAAGAUGCAUGGUUCGCCAUAAGAAUAAAC